AUAGCACGUAUUUCACAUCUAUUCUAUGGAAUUGAAUUCCCUUCUUUUCUUGUUAGUGUUAGUGAAGAAAGUUUAAGAAAAGAAAGUUUCCUUGCUAUCAUUGUUUUAGAUCACCUUGCUGACAAAUAUUGUUUUACAUCAUUGCUCCAUAUAUAUACCAUUUCAGGUGCUUUUGAAAAUGGAGGACAUUUUCGAUAGUUCAGGACCUAAACUUCUCGAGGGUAUUGUUGACUGGAAAAAUGCAGAUCACCGGAGAUCUGUCACUGCCAGCUUGGUUCAAGGAGUAUACGUCCUAGAAACUGACCGCCAAAGGAAAAUGACAAUCAGCAAAAAUCCCAUAAAUUAUGCUCAACCCUGGUGGGUCUCCUUCAAUUUCCAAUUACAUAAAUAUCUAACAAAAGAUGAUGGGUGCAUAUUCGGUGCCAUUUACGAAUACAUUAAUGGCAAAUGCCCAGCCCCAGCCGAUUCAAACGUCCCAAGAUAUGUUAUUGCGUUUCGGGGCACAUUAAUCCUAAGGCUAAGGGACCUCAAGUUAAACCUGAAAUUCUUCAUUAACGAACUUAAAGAGUCCCAUCGCUCUCAACUUGCAAUGCGGUGUGUUGAAAACUCUGUUGACUCGAAUGGAAGUUCAAAUGUAUGGUUGGCUGGACACUCUAUGGGGUCAGCAAUAGCAUUAAUCGUUGGAAGGAACAUGAUGUUAAAGAAGAAUUGUUCUCUUGAAGCCUAUCUUUUUAAUCCACCAUACGCAUCUCUCCACAUGGAGAAUUUUUGUACUAGUAUGGAUGAAGACGUGAAGCACCUGGUCCGCACUGUACGUGGUAUAAUCAAGAAAGCCCUCGCCAUUUCUGUAGAAGCUCGAAUUAAUCCUUAA